GCGCUCGGCCGGGCGGUGCCAGGCAUGCAGGGCAAGGCCAAGCUGCUGCUGGUCCACAACGGCCGCAUGGGUCCGGCUGUGUCAGAUGGAGAGUUAAAUGCCUCCAGGUCCCGCGGCAGCAGCCACAGUGUGAACAGCCUGCCGGCACCCUCUGCCUCCUGCAGCUCUGCUCCGGGCUCUGUGGUCAGCUGGGCCGAAUCCUUUGAGACGCUGCUGCAGGACCAUGUGGCCGUCACCUACUUCACUGAGUUCCUCAAGAAGGAGUUCAGCGCUGAAAAUGUCUACUUCUGGCAGGCGUGUGAGCGCUUCCAGCAGAUCCCAGCCAGCAACACACAGCAGCUGGCCCAGGAGGCACGGCGGAUCUACGAUGAGUUCCUCUCCAGCCACUCCAUCAGUCCUGUGAACAUCGACAAGCAGGCCUGGAUUGGGGAGGAGAUGCUGGCCACCCCCUCCCCAGACAUGUUUCGCACCCAGCAGCUCCAGAUCUUUAACCUGAUGAAGUUUGACAGCUACACACGCUUUGUGAAAUCCCCACUCUACCAGGCCUGCCUGCGAGCAGAGAGCCAGGGCCAGCCCCUACCCGACCUGCGGCCCCACUCCCGCAGCAGCAGCCCCCCACCUGACCUCAGCAAGAAAUCGAAGCUGAAGCUGGGCAAGUCCCUGCCUCUGGGUGUGGAGAUGGCAGGCAGUGGUGCCAACCGCAGCCCCCGCCGCUCCUUCAGGAAGGGAGAGCGGCGGGAGCCCUCCUGGGCAGAUGGAGGAGAAGGUGGUGGGAGUGCCAUGCUGUGGCGGGAGUCCCAGGGCUCACUCAACUCCUCUGCCAGCCUGGACCUGGGCUUCCUGUCCUCAGGAAGCACAGCCCCAAGCCCCUGGACCGAGGGCCAUCGGAAGAGUCUGGGGGGCAGUGAGGCAGAGCUGCCAGCCAAGCCCAUGAAGUACUGCUGUGUGUACCUGCCUGACGGCACAGCCUCGCUGGCCUCCGUCCGGCCUGGCCACUCCAUCCGCGACAUGCUGGCGGGGAUAUGUGAGAAACGGGGCUUCAGCCUCCCUGACAUCAAGGUCUACCUGGUGGGGAAUGAGCAGAAAGCGCUGGUGCUGGACCAAGAGUGCUCUGUGUUGGCAGACCAGGAAGUGAAGCUGGAGAACAGGAUAAGCUUUGACCUGGAAAUCUCCCCCCUCAAGAAGACCAUUCGCAUCACAGCAAAGUCAACCAAGCGCAUCCGGGAAGCUCUGCAGCCUGUGCUGGGGAAGUACGGUGUGAAUGUGGAGCUGGUGCUGCUGCGGAGGCAAGGCGAUCCGGCUGCCCUGGACCUGGAGAUGCUGGUCAGCACAGUGGCUGCUCAGAAACUUGUCCUGGAAACGCCAGCAGACAUGCGAGUGACAGAGAGUGCUGCAGCUGCCCCAUCCCCCCUCAGGAGCGAGGAGGGAAGUCCAACAGGAGAAGAUCCUGAUACACUGUGGGAGAUGUCCUCCUCCUUCCCUCGGCCCCGUUCUUCUGCUGCCACAAACCUGAACCGCCGCACAUAUGACCUGGAAGGGCUCGUGGAGCUGCUGAACCGAGCCCAGAGCUGCCGGGCCAACGACCAGCGUGGGCUGCUCUCCAAGGAGGACCUGGUCCUGCCUGACUUCCUCCAGCUCCCUGGGCAGGACGGCAGCGGCUGCGAGGGCCCCGAUCGCCCAGGCUCUGAGGGGAGCAGCCAUCCCCAGCCCACAGAGCCCACCCCGGCUCAGCCUCCGGUAGACCACGAGCUCCGAUGAGUCCUGCUGCAUGUCUGCACCAGCGCAUGGUGCCCUCAGGCCAUGCCGGGGUUCAACAUGGGCUCAACCAGCCCCUGCCCUGCACUGCCAACACUGCCCGGACCACAGAUCCAUCCACGUCCCGCCCCAAACUGUCGUGUUGUGUCACUGUGAGUGGUUGAGCAGCUGCCAUUGCCCCUCAGUGGGUCACAUCCUGGUGCACGUCAAAGGAGUCCUCUACAUAGUCCGAACCCUCGUUGCAAAGCACUUUGCAACAUCCCACGUGCCUGGCACUGUCCUACCCAGUGCCUGUGGCAGAGUUGCCCACCCAGCAAAUCCUGCCUGUGCUCGGCUGGCACAGCCCCACUGACAGUUUGGGUAGGGAAAGCACCCUUCUAACCAAAAGGUGUUCAGGAUAGAGAGGGUGGGGUGGCAGCCCCAACCCUAGCGCUGUGGGCAGGCAGGGUCAGGAGAAGUGCCCAGAGCUGAGGGCUGGAUCUGGUCCCUGACCCUGCAGGAAUAGGGACACCCCAUAGUUGAAGUGCAUGGUUCUGCAGGCCCUGCAGAGCAGGUUGUUACCGUCCACACUGUGUGAGUAUGGCUGGGCCCGAUAAUGCCACAACAGCACUGCUGUGGAGCAGGGUGCCUGGUUCCUGCCCCACACAGACCACAGGUUGUGCCAAAGGAGCCUUUCUCCCCCCUGCAGGGAGACCCUGUAGCUCCUGGGUGUCUGCUGAAGUGACCCACAGGAGCAGAUCCCUGUAGGUCCCCUGCCCCAGCCUGGUCAGAGCUGGAGGUGUUCAGCUCUCUAGUGCCAGAGGAAUGCAGCAUCCCUGGGUGCUGAGCAUCUCAGCCUGGUGUGUGGGUACCCAGCGUGUGCCGAGACCAUUGCCUCUGGCAGCGGCUGUGCUGGGCUGUAACCUUGAGCCCAGCUCUGCCAGACCUAGCUGUGCUCUACAGGUCCCCAUCCCCAGCAGCCCCAUGUCCCCAGAGGUCCCGGAUGCAGUCUAUGAUGGAAGCACUCCCCCCAGCAACAGCCAAGUGAUCCCUCCAUCAUCCUCACAUGCUGGGGCCCUGCUUGGCUGUGCCCUGGAGUCACUGCUCUACCACCACUGCCCGGCAAGAGACAGAGGGUGACCCAAGGCAGCCCUGGAGCUCACCCAGGAACAAGCGCCAUGGCCACCCAGCCCCACGCAGCCAUGGCCAGCUGCAGCCCUGCAGCCCUGGUCACAGCCCCCUGUGUCUCUGUGGU